CACGACCAACACUCACUCGUCGUCGCCGUCGAUAAGACAGAGAGAGAGAGAUCUUUGAAAUAUUUCGGUAUAAAAAGAGAAUUUGGUGGGGGAGACGGCUCAGUCGGCUUUUGACACGGUUUUCUGUAACGUCCAGUGGAGUGGAGUGGACGCAAUAAGUCAAGUCAAGUAAACGAGUGACAUUUUUUUAAAGUGAAAUAAGAUCAUUGCUCAUUUAGUGACCUGACUUUCUGGACAAUUGGUGCAGAAUUUAAGUAGCAAUUCCAACAAGAAGAAGAAGAAAUUGGAAAGAUGAGAGUUUUUGUGCUGCUAGCAUCCCUCGCGAUGCUGGUAUCUUCGGAACCAGAACCACCCACGUCUUACUCCUCCUUCAGUUCUCAACCAUCUGCCGGCGUUUCCUUCCAAAACGUCCCCUCCGUCGCUAACCUUCAAUAUUCUUCGCAAUCGAGUCGAGGCUAUUCGACGCCAUCUUCUUCCUACGGACAACCUUCCCAACAGCAAAGCAGCUACAAUGCUCCGUCACAAUCGUACGGAACUAGUUCGUCGUCGUCCUCCUCCUCGGGGGGAUUUUCCACCGCGGCGUCGUCCUACUCUGCCCCCUCUUCGCAGUACGGGCAACCCCAGCAGCAACAAUCCGGAUAUCACGGUCAGAGCCAACCCGCAAAUGUGCAGGUUAGUUAUGGUGCCCCACCACAACUGCCUCCCGGAUCGUCGUACGGACCUCCCCCAGUGGUAACGGGGGCCGGACCGGAUCACGAGAUUGAGUACAGAGUCGUCUACAAACCGGUAAAGGCGCCCAAACCCGAUAUCAUCCUUCCACCACCACCACCAAAGCAGAAGACGAUCGUGUACAUUCUCGUGCCAAGGAUUGAAGCUCCGGAUCCAAUCAUUGUCCCAACCCAUCCACCAACGCCACCAUCCAAGCCAGAGGUUUAUUUCAUCCGAUACAAAGCCGCCCCCAAGAAGAAACCCCAACAAUCCAGCGGCAACUCUUUGUACGGGGCACCAUCUCAACAAUACGGCGUCGGCUCAGCUCCAAAACCUAUCGUCGUCGAAGCCCCCUCACCCACUCAGCCCACCCAAAGGAAACGAGAAGUCGUCUCGGUCAGUUCGGAAGUAAAUGAAAAAAUAGACGAUGAUGAAACUUCCGGUUUUGGGGAUAGGGUCAAGUUCGAGAGGGAUUAGAAAUCUAAAUAAAUAAGCUUUUAAAUAAUUCCUUCCUCUCAAACGUAUUUACUUAUCAACAAUUACUUAUCUCUCUUUUACUCAUGUUUUGUUUUAAAUGUGCCGUAUGCUAAUUUUAUGGUGUGGGUGGAGUACAUGGAUGCAAACGAGUUUUUUUUUCCAUAAGAUACGAUAUGAUUUAUAUUUUUUUUUGUUGGCAAUCGACUUUUUUUCUUGAGAAAUCUUCAUUUUUUUAAAUAGUGUUACACAACGUUGUGGGAGAACUAGUCCAAUUUUAAUUAGGUGAAUAUUCCAAUGAUGAUGAGGAUGAGAUGAUCACGUUAUUAUCGAUACGAUAUUAUGCGAGUAUUACUUACAAAAAGAGACAUGACCACCUCAUAUGCAAUAAAUACUUACCAACAGAACUACUCAUUAUUACAGAAGUGAAAAGACAAAAGAAUAAAUUUAUUGUUACGAAGUAUUUGACUUUUUAUAAGGAUUUUUUUAUGAUGCGAGUGUGCAAUGGGAUAAUAAAAAAGAAACAUCAACAUUAUUUGUGUAUUACCAUUUUUGGUGUCAUUUAUACGUAUAAUUCGGCCAGGAGAACCAGGAAAGCAAUAAAAUUAUAAUUAUUUGUUAAA